AUGAUGCGGAAGAACUCCUCCUCGUUCACCUCGCCAUCCCCAUCCCGAUCGGCCUCGUCAAUCAUCUCUUGCAACUCCUCAUCUGCGCAGAAAGGGGGCCAAAGUGUUUGGCAUGGGACUGGUGCGUGCCAUUGGUCGAGCCACAUGCAUGCUUGCCAGGUGCAGGUGCAAUUCUGCAAGGGUUGA